GUGCGGCUGUACACGCCCAAGGCCAAGCAGACAACGAACAAGAAGUCUGACAACCAGAAGUCGGAGGCAGCAGAUGAGAUCUCCACGCUCAGGCAGCUCGUGAUCACCACCACGGACGCCCAGCUCAAGCAACAGCUGCAGCAGAGGAGCCUCACCCUCGGGACCGCGGUGGACCCAG